AUGCCGGACCAUCACUUAAACGCGCCCGGGGUGAGCUCGUCCCCCAGUUUUGCAAAGUCGCAGGACUUCCUCAACAUCGACGAACCGCCUUCCGCACAGGAAACGCCCAGCGUUUCCACGUUCAAUCUCCCGGGCCCGAGCGCUCCCGCUCCCGCUCCCGCUCAAAAUGUGGACAAGCCUGCCCCCAUGAUGAGACGGCGCUCCACCAACUACAUGGACGCGCUGAAUUCCCGAGAACAGGCCCGGGAGGGCGAAAGUAGCUCCGAAGAGCACGCCCCGGCUGCUGAGCAUAGGGGCAGCGGACCCAUGGAUUUCCAAAAUACCAUCCACAGCAUGCAGUACAGGGCCACUAACGAUUCCGAUCUGAGCCACGUAGGCGUGGACAUGGGCGACUCCAUCUCGCACCCGCCCGUCCGUUCCCGCACCAGUAACAAACCUGUCUUCAAGGACGCGUACCUUGACAGCAACAGUGGCGACAGUACGAGUGUUCCACGCGAUUCUGCUCCGCAGCUGGGAACGCGGAGGAAGUCGUCUUUCAAGUACGAGGACUUCAAAAAGGACAUCUAUAACCAGCUUCACAUGUUUGAAGACAAGUAA